AUUGACGCUGACGACAAGCAUUUAUGCGGAUUCACGAACAACGCAUGCGGUAGGUUGCUUUGCCCGGCAGAAUUUGACUGGAAUGACCCAGUCACCAGAGCAGGAAUCCGAGACUGCACAGAGGGAUAUAUUGUGACGGAUCUGUCCUUGCCAGCCUUCCUAUAUGACAAGUACAGCGCCAAUUCAGAUGAUCUGGAGGAGGGGCUUUUCAAAGGCAAGAUUCUUCUUCAGGCUAGUAUCGCCCGAGCUUACAAAGCCGUAUUCACGUCGCCUUCGUCAGCCAAGGACGUCGAGGGCAAUGGUGAUGGGUCGGAUAUCAUUCGAAACAACAGACUCACCAAGAAAUCUGCUGCUGGUGUCAAAGUCAAGAAACAUGUAGCGGAAACCAUUAAGAUGCGCAAAGUCUCUCCUCGCUCUAUCGCCUACAUUGCGUGCCAAGUUCGAUUCGCACUCUCUUCUGUCACCUCGUGGUGGUCCGUUGAUGGGGAUUUUGAUUACAUCCAAUUUUGGCGGACCAUCGUGGACUUCUUUGAAUGA